AUGUCUGUUCGUCUCUACAUCGCUUUUCGUCCGAACGUCGUGUCGACCAAAAAAACUUAUUUGAACAUCUUUGAGUUUGUAAGCGAACAAGUGCGUAAUGCAACAGCCGUAUUCAUCAUCAACCUCAGUGUGUCAGAUUUAAGUUUUUGUUGCUUCAACUUACCCCUUGCUGCCUCUACGUUUUGGUACAGAUCAUGGAUACACGGCCAACUGUUAUGCCGACUGUUCCCAUUGGUUAGAUACGGGCUAUUAGCAGUAUCACUGUUUACCAUACUGGCCAUCACCAUAAAUCGAUACAUUAUGAUUGGACAUCCGUCAUUGUAUCCAAAGUUGUACAAGAAGUUCUAUUUGGGCGUGAUGGUGACGGUGACAUGGGUAGGCGGUUUCGGUGCGCUGGUUCCCACGUGGCUGGGCAAAUGGGGCCAAUUCGGCUUGGACGUGACCGUCGGCUCGUGCUCAAUACUGCCGGACUCGGUCGGCCGGUCACCAAAGGAAAUCCUAUUUAUGGGCGCAUUCGUGGUGCCCUGUCUGUCCAUCGUGGUGUGUUACGCUCGGAUUUUCUACAUCGUGCGGAAAACAGCGCUGAAGUCGCGGGCUACGGUGACGAGCAACCCGCGGCAUAUGAUGAACUCCAAGCCGUCAGACACCACGGCCUACUACACCCUGAAGACGCGCUUCAAGGUGCCCGAGAUAUCCACCGACUCGGCAAUCGGGUCCAGCACGGCUACUGGCACGUGUUCCACCACAGACUCGAAGGAACAGAAUUUCCUGUCCCCACACGACAUCGUCGCCGAUGCCAGUUCGUCCGGCCUCGAGGAGAGCUAUUCACCGAUAUCCUUCUCCGAGCGUAGAAAGUCCAGGCGACGCGACCGUUCCCCGUCAUCCGCUCUGAAUGCCACCAUCACGCAAGUCGUAUCCGCGGUUUUCCAGACGAAAGAAGACUCUUCUCCGAGGACCCGAAAACAAAGCACGAUAGGCGUCGACAGGAUGUCUUCGAAAGACAAAAAGCUGCUAAAAAUGAUUCUUGUGAUAUUCGCGUCGUUCGUCACGUGCUACUUGCCAAUCACUAUAAGCAAAACGUCGCACGAAUUGGACGACUUGCACGUGCUAAACAUCACCGCGUACGUCCUCAUAUACUUGACCACGUGCAUCAAUCCGAUCAUUUACGUGGUCAUGAGCUCGGAAUACCGACAAGCAUACAAAAACCUACUGAUGUGUAAAAGUUCGUUGGAACAACAGCAAACGCACAGAGGAGUGACUAAAAAGCUGUCCGGUGCAUAAUACGGUGUUAUAUUAAAAUCUAGUUACGUCGAGUUUAAAACAUAAAAUAAAAAAAAUAGGUUUAAGGUUUAAAGCGUACAUGGUAAGACUAAUUGGAAGAUUUAUACCGAAUAAGUGUUAAACAAUGUAACAAUAUAAUGUUAUGUGUACACA